AUGUCGCUCAAGUUCUACAAAACGCCCGGCGCCGGACGGCCGUGGCGCCCGCCAGUCAUGGAGGAAGAUUGCCGGAGCUACCGCCGCCGGGCAAAGCGAACCAAUAAGUGGAUUCCGCCCCGGCUCGGGUUCGAGGAGGUCAUCAGGAACAAGACGGAAUCCCCAUGCUCGUUGAACGACUUCAUGGACUACCUGGUUUACGUCGAGCAGGACGCCGAGCCGCUCCAGUUCUUCCUGUGGUACUGCGGCUACGUCCACGAGUGGACGACGGCCCUGACGCCCGAGCAGCGCGCCCUCGCGCCGCGCUGGGACCCGGACCGCGGCAGGAAGCUCAGCCCCCGGGAGAGGCGGGCCAGGAACGCGAGCAAGGUGAGCAACAUCCUCGAGAUGCUCGACGAGGAGAGCGACCAUCACCAGGUCGACAAGGCCGGCGGAGGCUACAGACGUGAUGUGUCCUCGGCGGCCAGAUCGUCGCCUUCUAGGGCGACCGUCGUCGACGAGGAGAAGGUAUUGGAGAGCAAAGAGGACGGGGGUCUGCAAGCCCCGGCAGCAUCACAGCCCUUCCGCGCCGACAUUGACGCCGUGACGAGCCACUACAUCACCCCGAACGCCCCGCGCCGCCUCAACCUCACCAAAGACGACCGCAACGCCGUCCUCGCCGCAACGUCCGCGACGACGCAUCCCUCGGCCCUCCUCCCCGCCUUCGAGAAGGCCGAGGCCCUCCUCCGCGGCAAGCUCCACCCGGACUUCAUCCGCCAUAGCAUGGCCAACGCCAACCGCGCCGCCACGCACCUCCUCCGCCUCCUCGGCCUCGUGCUGCUGGUCCUCGGCCUCGGCCUCGACGCCGCACUGAUCCUCUCCUCCUUUUCGCGGUACUACCGCCUCCUCUCCACGCCCCUACUAUUCCUCGGCCUCGCCGUCUUCGUCGCCGCCCUCGACGGCGUCUCCCUGCGCCUCCACCUCUCGCGCAGACGCCACGUCCGGCCCUGGGAGGUGCCCGACCUCGAGGCGGGCACGGGCGCAGACAAGCGCCACCGUCGCGCCGCGACGUUCGCGAGCGUCGCCGGCGCCGUCGACCCGCUCCGCAAGCCGAGUCUACAGACGAUGGGGCCGGAGAACGUCUUCUCCGACGAGGAGUGGGUCGCCGCGUACGAUCGGCGGCGGCUAUGGCGGCGCGUCUUCGAGCGGACCAGCGGGAGCCGCAACCCGCACCUGAGGAUUCUGCAGGACGGCGUCGUGGCGGGCGCCGUGCUGUGGACUGCGCUGGCGACGGUGGGUAUCGGUGUCGGGUCGGUAUUCAUACCCUCGUACAACAUGUUUUGA